AUGGCGCAGCAGAGGUUAUUCCAGCAGCAGCAGCAGGCUAGGCAGGCGCUCAUGGCUCAACAAGCCUUCAACGCGAACAUGGGUGUCAAUGGCAUGCCUAUGGGCAUGCCCAUGAACCCCCAGAUGGCGGCCCAGAUGGCGGCCAUGAGGCAGGGCAUGCGGCCGGCGCAUACUCCCCAGGCCCAGGCGAUGUUGGCACAGCAGAUCGCUCUCCAGCAGCAGGCUGUCGCGCAGCAGAACCAGCAGAUACAACAAGGCCAGCAGCCCGGUCAGCCGGUCCAGAUGAACCCUCAACACAUGCAGCUGCAGCAGGCCCAGAUGGCUGCCUCGAUGCAAGCGCAACAGCAAGCUCAGCAACAGCAGCAGCAGCAGGCCCAGCAGCAACAACAACAACAACAACAACAACAACAACAACAACAACAGGCGCAGGCUCAGCAGCAGCAGCAGCAGCAACAGCAGCAACAACAACAGGGUCAACAACCUCCAGGCCAACCCCAGCAGCCGCAACCUCAGCCCCAGCAAACCCCUCAACAGACACCGCAGCAGCAGCCCGCGCAGCCCGUCAACCCGCAAUCUGCUGGUCAACCCACUCCGUCGCAAACACCAGGUCCACAACCGAAUCAACAGCCGCAGCCUCCCCAGACUCAGGCUCAACCGCAAGGCCCCCCUCAAAUGCAACCUCAGCCUGGACAACCUCAGGUGAACCCACAGCAGGCCGCUGCCGCUCAGGCCGCCAUGGCCAACAGCAUGGCUCUCGCACAGCAGCAGGCCCAGCAGCAAAGGAGGGAAGGAAUGAAGGGACAUUGCUUGCUGAAGCUCAUGCAGUUCAGCGAACACUUGAGCGGUUUUACUGGAUCCAAGGGCAAGGACGACCUCACGUACUGGAACAUGUUCGUGAGCCAAUUCUUCUCUACCAAGGGUGUCUUCCGUCACUCUGUCCACAUCACCGACAUCGAAGAUCAAGCCGACAAGCAAUACGAAAUCACAUACCCCGCGCUUCCACGAUACUUCCACACGCACUUCGACAGUGGGAUCAAGAACAUGCAAUUGAUCAUGGAGAAGGGCACCACGGAUCGACCGCUGCCCGGGGAUGGCCACUGGAUUGAGAACACCAAGUCGAGUCUAGUUUACUGGUUCGACAACGGCUCUCACCUUGUCGCAAACGGUACCGUCCGAGCUCAUUUCGACGCGGAGCAGAAGAUUGAACUCUUCGAGUUCUUGACAAGCAGCCACGAAGAAUACAUCUCCCGCAAGGCCGUCAUUGAGGCUGCGAAGCCCGUACAUAACUGGGUCAAGGAGUGGCACAAGGUGAACUCCCAAGACAGCAAGGCCUCUCCGGAGAUGAGCAAGAAGGGCAAGGCCAGGAUGAUGAAGUCCCCGCAACACCCCCCUCCCGACGCUCUAGUGGACCUGCCAGAAUCGGCUGUGAAGAGGGGCAUGGGCGUUACGGAAGCUGUCUUCCAAUUCCUCGAGAUUGCUGAAGUGAUCGGCCAAAUGAACCCUCUGUUCUCCUACUGCCAUGCUCACAACAACCUCGGCCCGUACGCCGCCCUCGAGCAGUACGUCAGCCAGAUCAAUUCCGCGCCGCAAAAUAUGAACGGUCAGGCCAUGCCCGGCCAGGGCCCGCGGACACCCAGCUUUGGGCAGUUCCCAAUGGGCGCGAGCCCAGCCCAGCCGCAUAUGCAGCUUCCUGGGUCGCCUCAUGUCACCGGUAGCCCUGCUCCGGGCCAUAUGCAGGCACCCGGCAUGCAGAUGCAGCAGAGCCAGCAGGGAACCAGCUCCAGCGGACCUAGUGCGAACACAUCUCCGGCUUCCAACAAGCGAAGACGUCCCUCUGGUGUAAAGAUGGAAGAGGAUGGUUCCUCCGCCCCUACACCCGGCGGCCCUCAGGUGAACGGUGUCCAGAACAAGGGCAAGCCGCCCACGCCGCGGAUGCAAAAGAGGCUGAAGGGCAACCCGGCGUAA